GCAUGCGAACGGUCACACUUGGCGCUAUAUUUUUGCUUGUGCCAUUUCAGCAUUACGAAGCUUUCUCCUAAGACAAACAUGGGUUUCACGCGCAGUUUUGUAUAUUCCCGACAUAAAUUGUUAAAUAUAUACAGCUGUAAUUUAAGUACAAGUGCAAUUAAAUACCAAAAUGUGCAACAGUCAACGGCAGCAGCCAAGCGAAUUUGCAUUGUGGGCGCCGGCCCAGCGGGUUUCUAUGCCGCACAAUAUUUGCUCAAGCAGCUGAGCGACUGCACCGUGGACAUCGUGGAGAAGCUGCCGGUGCCGUUCGGAUUGGUGCGCUUUGGAGUUGCGCCCGAUCAUCCGGAGGUCAAGAAUGUCAUCAACACGUUUACGAAGACGGCGGAGCAUCCGCGUUUACGUUUUUUUGGCAACGUAACGCUCGGCGAGGAUGUGAGCCUGCAGGAGCUGCGGGAUCGUUACCAUGCCGUGCUGCUCACCUAUGGCGCGGAUCAGGAUCGUGAGCUGCAGCUGGACAACGAGCGGCAGGCGCCGCAUGUGAUAUCGGCGCGGAAAUUUGUGGCCUGGUAUAAUGGUUUGCCCGGCGCCGAGCAGCUGCAGCCGGAUUUGAGCGGACGCGACGUCACGAUUGUGGGCCAAGGCAACGUUGCCGUCGAUGUGGCGCGCAUGUUGCUAAGUCCGAUCGACACCCUGAAGCUUACAGAUACCACGGAGUAUGCCUUGGAGGCACUGGCGCGCAGCAAGGUGGAGCGUGUACACCUGGUGGGCCGACGCGGUCCGCUGCAGGCAGCCUUCACGAUUAAAGAGCUGCGCGAGAUGCUCAAAUUGCCCAAUGUCGAGACUUGUUGGCGUGCAGCGGACUUUACGGGCAUUGCUGAGCAGGUGGACAAAUUGCAGCGACCACGAAGGCGUCUAACUGAACUGAUGCUCAAGAGUCUGGGCGAACAGAGGAAGCCCAGGGCUGCAGCUGUUGGCAAGCAAUUCCUGCCCAUCUUUCUGCGCGCUCCCAAAGCCAUUGCGGCGAAUGAAAUGGAAUUUAGCAUAACUGAGCUGCAGGAGAACGAGGCAGCAGUCGCCACUGAGGCAUCCGAACGGCUGCCAGCUGAUUUAAUUUUACGCAGCAUUGGCUACAAAUCCAGUUGUGCCGAUGCUGGCAUCAACUUUGAUCCGAAACGUGGUCAUGUGUGCAAUCGGCAAGGCCGUGUGCUGAAGCCCGGCGAAUCCGACGCUGUGGAGCCUGGCCUGUAUGUGGCUGGCUGGCUGUGCACUGGACCCACUGGUGUCAUCCUGACCACCAUGAAUGGCGCCUUCGUCGUGGCCAAAACUAUCUGCGAUGAUAUUGCAGCCAAAGCUGUGGACACAGCCUCAGCAAAACCUGGCUUUGAGCCGGGCAGCAGGCGUAUUGUCAACUGGGAAGGCUGGCGACGCAUCGACCAACACGAAAGCGAGGCGGGCAAGGCCAAGGGCAAGCCGCGCGAGAAAAUUGUUAGCACUGAGGAAAUGCUGCGCAUUGCUGGCGUCUGAUAAACUAG